AUGGAGCAGAGCAAUCUUUACAAGCAACCAGUGUACACAUACUAUCCAAGUGCUGAGAUGAUGAUGCUUCAUCCGCUGCCGAUGAAGAAACCCAGUUUGAUGCAGUACAACAAUAAGCCGGAGCAGAUUGAUCAGAUGGUGGAGCAGGAGCUGCAGCUUCUGAAGUCACACUAUGCCAACGAGGAGCAACGUUACGUCGACCAGAUGCUGAUCGCUAAUCCCAUCACCGUGGAGCGACGUCCGCCAGCCACGCGACCCGAAGAGACAACCGAAACAACAACAACGACAACGACAACUGCGACUCCGACUCCGGCCUCCAGUCGCGACGUGCAACGCCAGCGAGCAGAAUCGUGCCGCAAGUCGCGCUACAACAACAAGAUCAAGAAGGCCAAGCUGCGAUUCCGGCACAAGUACGCCUGCAACCAGCUGACGGAGAGUACCAAACUCUUGAGCUGCAUGCGCGACGUGAUCGCCCAGGCGGAGGCGCAGCUCCUUGCCCGCGGCUUCAAUCGCGCCGCCUUGGAGCGCAUGCGUCACAACUUUGGCGUCGACCGCUGUGGCGAUGCCCCCGAGCCCAACAGCAUGAUGAACAUGAACAUGAAUCACUGA